UCAGAUACUGAACUACUAUUAGUUAGCACAAGCGGCUGAAAGUUCGCUAAAAUCAAUUAUCAGUUGUUGAAAUAAAUAGUCAGCGGUUAAAAUUCAAAACUAGUGGCUAUAAAAUUGAAUUUUGCGCAAAAUGUGUUGUAUAAUGAAAUAUGGAUUGUUCGUUACCAAUUUGGUUUUCUCUUUGGCAGGCCUCGGUCUGCUGGGGCUGGGCAUAGCCGUGGUAGUGCAGGUGACCGAGCUCACGGACCUGGUGCCGGCCGGCAUCACCACCAUCCCCAUAACCCUGCUGGUGGUGGGCGGCUUCAUCUUCGUCACCGCCUUACUGGGCUGCUGCGGCGCUAUACGGGAGAACAGAUGCUUCUUGAUGCUGUACGCGAUCAUCAUCUUCGUUCUCGCGGCGGGUAAGACGUACGUGGCGGUGGCCACGUGGCGCGCGGUGAGCAGCAUCAGGGAGAGCGUGGUGGAGUGGCUGGGGGACGCCUUCGCAAACCCUGAGAUGAGGGAGCCCUUCCAUGUCAUGGAAACUGCUUUCAGGUGCUGCGGGACUACGGGGGCGGCGGCCUACGAGGGACCCCUGCCCGUUAGCUGCUGCCCCGACGACGUCGCCUGCGGGCUGGCCACCGCGUACGGCGGGUGCAAUGACCGCAUCGGCACAUUCGCCGAGACCUAUGGACAGGCUAUAGGCGCUGUAGUUAUUAUUGUUAUUGCUGUUGAGUUAAUUUUGGCGGCCUUCACAAUUUGUUUCUGCACAUCUAUUACAAAAAGUUCCACUGCGAAAGUCUAGUACUAUAGCUCUAUGACUCCACUCUACCUUAUUUAAUAUGUCCUAUUUAAAAUAAAGUAAUUUGUA